GAAUUUUCUCAUUGAGUUCUCAAUACUAUAUAAUAUACAUCUCUUCCAAAAGUCACUUUCUUCAUCCACCUUUCUUUCCAUGUUUACCAACUAAAAGAAAAGUAAAAAAAAGAAAAACUUCUUAACAAUGGAAACCAACAAGAACAUGAAUCAAACCUCAACCACUACAAUCAUAGAAGCAGAGUUUGAGGAUUUGCUACCAGUGAUGGCAGAGAAACUUGAUGUAGAAACCUUUGUAUCUGAACUAUGUAAUGGUUUUAAUCUUCUUGCAGACCAAGAAAUAGGUUUGAUCACAAGUGAGAGUCUUAGGAAAAACUCAGCUAUGCUUGGUAUGGAUGGAAUGAGUAAAGAAGAUGCUGAAGCUAUGGUCAAACAAGGUGAUCUUGAUGGAGAUGGAAAAUUGAAUGAGACUGAAUUUUGCAUAUUGAUGGUUAGGCUUAGUCCUGAAAUGAUGCAAGAUGCUGAGACUUGGUUGGAGAAAGCAAUUGAGGAACAGCCAAAAAAUUAAAUCUGUAACUUAGAUUUUAUUUUACCCUUAUUGUCAUGAUCAUAUGAAUUAAAUAUAUAUUAUUUGUCUGUUUAAGGUGUAAAAAUUUAUGUAAGAAAGGUAUUUGAUUAUUAAUGAAAUAAAUUUCUAUUA